AUUAUAGAAAGACCUCCGGUGUUUAUUUCUCCUUCUCUGUCUUCUUCACCUUGAGACCUCCAAGAGGUUCCUGUGGAGAGCUCUUAAUUCCGGACAGAGAGCCUGCUCUUGUGCUAUUCGCCUGGGAAAAUAACGAUCUUCCUUUCCGCAGUUGGGGAUUAGAAGAGUCGCCCGGAUAGCUCUACCUCCAUUUUCGGUUGUGCCUUCAAAGUGAAAUUAGACAGAUGGGUCACCGAGGUUCAGCAAGCACUUCCAAUAAUAUUGAAAAUCUUUGCAAAGUGCUUUUGCAUGAAGUUCCAGAUAGAACGGAAACUACCUUGGGAAAAGCGAUAUGUAUCUACAAUGUUCCGGCAAACAUUCCUCAAUCAAAACGAGAUGCCUAUACCCCUCAGGUUUUUCUUGUCCUCCAAACACCCAACGGCAAUAUCUAAGGGCACAAUCAUCUAUUGUGAUACAGCAACUAGGCUGGAAGAAGCAGGGGUGAAGUUCAAACAAUUGGAAGAUGAAUGCUUACUUAACAUAAAAGCAUGGAAUGGAGACUCGGGAGGUAAUUCUAUCAAGAAAGGUGAGUUACAUGUUCCAACCAUUGAGAUUAACGAUCGUACUGAAUGUCUGUUACGAAACCUUAUGGCGCUGGAGCAAUGUCAUUUUCCCAAGGAGGCGUACAUCUGCCAGUAUGUUAAAUUCUUGGAUUUGCUUGUGGAUACUGCCGAAGAUGCAGACUUGCUGAUUAAAAGUAAAAUUAUUAGUAAUAGCCUUGGAAAAGGUGCUGCUGUGGCUGAGCUGAUUAACGAACUUUGCAGAGGAAUCGUAGAAGUUUCUUCAUGUAAGAACAAUUAUUCCCUUCUCGCUGAAAAGUUACACGAAUACUCUAAGAGCAAUUAUAACAAGAGCAAAGCCUUCCUCAGAAGACAGUAUUUCAAGAAUGUUUGGAUCGGCACCGGAACUGUUGUUGGAUUGAUCUUCCUGUUCAUCACUUUGCAAGACUUUGUUCGAUCUUUUCUUUAGUACUCAAUGUUGAUUGCUUCAGUGUGUGUAGAAUUCCUUUUUUCCUUUUCUGUAGCUAAUAGAUUUUACUUCAGUUGUUUGAAUGUAAAAAUAAAAGAAUAAUCAUUAGUAUUGUACUUUGUUGUAAUCAACUUUAAGGAAUAUUAUCUAGUGUGUCUAUGUAUUUUUGUAUC